UCGCAAAACAAAUCAGAGAGGGUUUAAGAAUUGAAAUUAACAUCAUGUCGUCCAUUGAAAAUGCUGCUGCUGUUGCUAAGAUUCAGGAAUCUCCGGCUCCGAACCCCGUGAACAUCGCUGACGCGGCGCCGAACGACGGCGCGACUGCGGCCCUCGGCGCGAGUGUGGUCCACGCGCCGCCGCCGCCGCCGCUGCCAGUUGUGCAGACUCCGCCUCCGAAUUCCUCGGAGCCGGUGGCUGUGCCGGUGUCUGUUUCGGUUGUUGUGCCGGUGGCUGUGCCGGGGUCGGUGAAUCAGCCGGAGAGCGUGGUGGUUCCUGCGCCGGCGGCUGUGCCGGUGUCGGUGUUUCAGCCGGGGAGUGUGGUGGUUCCUGCGCCGGCGGCUGUGCCGGUGUCGGUGUUUCAACCGGAGAGCGUGGUGGUUCCUGCGCCGGCGGUUGUGCCGGUGUCGGUGUUUCAGCCGGAGAGUGUGGUGGUUCAUGUGCCGGCUCAGAGGCCCACGGCGGCGGAGCUGGUGAGUCAGCCUGCUGCCGAGAGAAACGGUGUCGUUGCGAGGCGGAAGCGGGGAAGACCUAGGAAGUAUACACCGGUUAACGAUCAGGCGAUUGUCGCUGUUUCCCCUGUUCCCGCUGCGGCUGUUACCCCUGUUCCCGCUGCGGCUGUUACCCCUGUUCCCGCUACGGCUGUUACCCCUGUUCCCCCUACGGCGGAGCAAGCACAAACUGGCGGUGGUUCGAGUGCUGCUGAUGCCCAAGCUCGUUCAGGGAAACGAGGGCGAGGAAGGCCUGUUGGUUCUCGCAAUAAAGCUCCUUCGGCUUCUCGGAAUGUUAAUCCUGCUGUUUCAGGAUCAGCUGGAAUGGGAUUCACGCCACAUAUCAUCGUAGUGCAACCUGGAAUGGAUGUGUUGGCAAGAUUGGUGUCGUUUUCUCAAGUCCGCGCCCAAACUGUCUGCGUUCUUUCAGCCACUGGCUCUAUAGCCAGUGUAACACUUCAACAGUCCUCAGGCAGUGGAAUGGUUACUUAUGAGGGGCGCUUCGAGAUCUUGUCUCUUGUUGGUUCGUUUCUGGUUACGGAAUCUGGUAUUCACCAGGGACGGACAGGGGGGUUGAGUGUGUCACUAGCUGCACCCGACGGAAGUGUUUUAGGUGGUAGAGUGGCGGGGCUACUGAUUGCGGCGUCUCCUGUUCAGGUGAUUGUGGGAACUUUCAACGAAGCAAAUCAGCAAGCAAUGGGACCAGGGUCUAAUGGCAGCGCUCCCCCAAGGCAUGUUUCAUCAGUGGGAGGGAGCCCCCCAUCUCGUGCUACCAUGGGUGAAUCAUCUGGUGGCCCUGUAACCCCAUUCAACCCCAGCACUGGAGGUUACAACAAUGUCAACCAGCAGAACGUUUCAAAUGUAGGCUGGAAUUAGGAUGGUCACCAUGACAGAAAUGUAGGCAGGCUCAGCUGGUCCAGGAUUGUUUUAAGAGAGGAUAGUCAACAAACAGAAAUAGGUUAUUGAGUUGGUUUUUAUAUCGACCAUAUAUUGUAUGGUUAUAAAGUUUAGAAAUAUGUCUCUACGCCAUGAAUGGCUAGUAGAGCGAACAAUGUUUUUUCGGGAUGCUUGUUUCUUUUCCUGUCAUUUUGGCAGAAUGAAAAUUUGUUUUGGUUUUUAAGUUGA